AUGUCCAGAUUCUUUGCCAAUACGUAUGAAUACGAUAGCGGGUCUUCUUCGUCCGAGGAGGAUCUUCUUUCGGCGUCCGAGGAAGAGCUUAUGAGCUCCUCUUCUUCAGACAACGAAGACCUACAAGAAUCUCAAGACGAAGAAGCUUCGGAUGAUUCGUUUUUCGAUGAAUCAGCUGCAGAGUCAGAUGUGGAUUCUGAUGAUUCAGAUGGAAGACCAUACGGUCCCGACUGGUUCAAGAAACCUGAAUUCAGAAAAGGAGGCUCCACGGGUGCCAAUCGGUUCCUCAAGAACGCCGAUUACUCAGACUCAGAAUCCGAUGAUGAAGGCAAGAAAGUGGUUAAAUCGGCCAAGGACAAGCUACUGGAUGAAAUGCGUAGCGUCCAUGACAAAAUCGACGUGGCUGAAAUGUCCCUAGAUUUUGUUACCAUUCUCAGCGAGCUCGACUCUACGACUAGACUUGUGACCAGGGCCCAGCAGCAGAACUACGGUAUUCCCAACAUCUUCAUCCAGGUGCUCGCCCAGGUAGAGGACGUUGUCGCAUCCACGUCGCAGCAAGACAUCACUAAUAAGGCUGUUGCUAAAGCUUAUAACACCACUAAGCAGCGUGUUCGUAAAAUAGCCCGCGAUUACGAGGACAUCAUCGCCAAGUACCGUGAGUUCCCUGAGGCCUUCAGUACCGAGGCUACUGAAGAUGGCGGUGCGGUGCAAGACAAUUUUGCCGAGUCUUCAUUUGCUUUGGCUGGAAAGAAUGCUGCAGAUCUAUCUUCUGUCGCCAACGCGACUUCCGAAUCCGACUUUUUCACAGCAUUACGCAUUGUCAUGGACUCUCGAGGAAAGAAGGGUACUGAUCAUCAGGCACAGAUCAAGACUUUGGAAGAGCUACUGGACAUAACUAAAAGCCCAUAUGAAACCAUUCUUGCAUACUUGAAUUUGAUUUCUUUUAGAUUCGACUCCUCGGCUUCUCUUUCCUACCAACCUAUAGACCAAUGGAAAGCAUCUCGCCAUGACAUUGCCAAACUCUUUGACGUUUUAGAAACCAAUAUUGAGCAAUACCACGUUUCUGAAUUCGCUCCUAGAAAUGAUUUUGUUGAAGACGAACCUCAAACUAACGAACAAGGCAUCAAAGAGAUCUUAGGUUCCGUGUACUCUUUUGUCGAUAGACUUGAUGAUGAGUUCAACAAGUCAUUGUUGAACACUGACCCUCACUCUAGCGAUUUCCUGGACCGUCUCAAAGAGGAACAAAGCGUUUACAACUUGAUUUUAAGGUCUCAAUUGUAUGUGGAAGCCACCACAAUUGCCCAACCCGAUCUCCAGAAAAGGCUGGCCCGUAUUCUAACAAGAAGACUUGAUCACAUUUACUACAGAUCCAACAAGUUGGUUGCUAUUACUGAACGUAAGGCAUGGACGAGUUUGCGUGAAGGUGCUAAAUCUCAAGUCACACCUUUUGAGGAGGAAAUUAAUGACGCAUACGUUUUCAAACUAAUCGAUACAUUGCAUCAAAUGUUGAGCAGCCAGAAAGAUGGUUCUCAACGCAAGAGAGCUGCUCUAUACAGAAUCUAUUUCUAUGCUUUGAACAACCAGUUUGAAAAGGCCAAAGAAAUGCUUCUUACAUCCCAUGUUCAAUCUUCGAUCAAUUACUCUGACCCUCCAUUACAGAUUCUGUUCAACAGAGCUGUCGUUCAGCUGGGGCUUGCUGCAUUCAAACUGUGCCUAAUCGACGACUGUCAUCAAAUUUUGAACGAGGUUUCCACCAGCACGCAUUUGAGAGACAUUCUCGGUCAGCAAAGUCUACAAAGAGUUGCAAACAACAAUGCCUUCAGCAAUGGAUCCAUUCCUAGCGAGCAACUAUGUUUGCCUUUCCAUCAACAUAUAAACCUGGAUUUGAUUGACGUUGUUUUCAUGACAUGUUCGCUUCUCAUUGAGGUACCUCAUAUGGCUGCUUUCUUUUCCGGAAUCAAGGUUAAGAGAAUUCCUUACUCCCAAAAGUCCAUUCGUCGUGCCCUAGAGCACUACGACAAGUCUAGCUUCCAAGGUCCCCCAGAGACGCUGAGAGACCGUGUCUUGUACUCCGCAAAGGCCAUGCAAAGAGGAGAUUGGGAACAGUCUGUGUCGUUCUUGAAAUCAAUCCCAACCUGGUCUAUGUUGCCUAACACCGAAGAAAUGAUUGCGAAUCUAUCGAAGAGGGUCCAAAUUGAAUCUUUAAGAACGUACAUUUUCACGUACAAGAGGUUUUACUCCAAACUUUCCAUUGAGAAGCUUUGUGAAAUGUUUGGUUUGGAUACCGAAACUGUUGUGGAGAUUGUGACUGCAAUCAUCACCGAUUUCGACUUGCAUGCUAGUUUGGAUGAAGGAUCCAAGUUUGUUACGUUUGAAAAGGGCUAUGAAAUCACCAAAUUGGAAGAAGUGGCUGUCAAGUUGGCCAAAGAAACCAAAUACAUGAGCGAACGUCUCAAUGAAAAGAAAUAUGUUGGAAACUCUCGCAGACAGGAGUAA